UCAGGCCGGAUUUCUUUUGCAGGCUUAAGACAUGUUUCAGAUGAUAUGAAGACCCACAAGAAUCCGGCACUGAAGAACCAAGGAGGUCCUAUAAGAAGUGGACCCAAGCCUUUCACUUCUCCCAAACCAGCUUGUAAUGUUAAUCCCUCCCAAAAAACCUCUCCAAAGCAACCUGCAUUGCUAGAAUUAGAAGGCAAAAAGUGGAGAGUGGAAAACCAGGAAAAUGCCACUAACCUGGUAAUCAGUGACACAGAACUGAAGCAGGUAGCAUAUGUUUUCAAGUGCACAAAUAGUACACUCCAAAUCAAAGGCAAGAUCAAUUCCAUCACCCUUGAUAACUGCAAGAAGCUAGGUCUGGUGUUUGAUGAUGUGGUGGGCAUCGUAGAGAUAAUAAACAGCAGGGACAUCAAAGUUCAGGUGAGUGUCUGUGCCCUGCAGUCUGACUGCUGCACAGGGUGCCAAUAGCACCUGCUUCUGGGAGAAGCUGGAUUUCUGGAAUAAUAAUAGGCAUCUGUGAAAAGACUG